UGCUUUAUCUUGGCGAACAUACUUGUACUUGAAAAGAAUGUGUAGUGGACACACGUGUGGAAUUCAGAUCUCCUGUUUUGUGUUCUAAAGACAUCGGUCAAGGUGCAGGUUUCUGCGCAUGGUUCCGGGCAGCUGGGGAAUGAGACCCGAGUGUCGCUGUUCCUUCUGGAAGGGCUGGCCGACGCAGAGGAGUUGAGGCCCUUGCUCUUUGUGAUCCUUCUGCUGGUCCACAGCGUGGCUGGGCAUUGCCAGCCUUACCGUGAUGGACUCCCGACUCCACGCUCCCAUGUACGACUUCUUAGUCAACCUCUCACUGCUGGACACUGCCUAUAUCUCCAGCACGGGGCCUCAGGUGCUGGAACACCUGCUGGCAGCAGUGCGGACCGUGCCCUAUCGUGCUUGUCUUCCCCAGAUCUUCUUUCUCCACUUCCUGGCUCCCUGGGAGUGCUUCCUGCUCACAGCCAUGGCCUAUGACCGCUAUGCAGCCAUCGGCCGGCCACCGCACCACCUAGUCCUCAUGGGCCGACGGCGGACCCGGGCAGGAAUGGCUUCCACCUCCCACCUGCUUGCCUUGGCCGAUGCGUUCGCCCACACCGUCCUUGCAGCUCCACUGAGGUUCUGCGGGCCUCGCCUCAUCACCCACUUCUCCUGUGGCCUCCCUCCACUGACCAGACUCUCUUGCUCAAGCACGUGGGCCAGCGAACUUGCCCUGUUCGUCUUCAGUUUCGUGGUGGCUCUUGCACCCCGUGCCCCGGUUGCGAUCGCCUGUGUACGUGUUGUGGCUGCGAUUCUCAGGAUUCACUCCGCUGAGGGCCGAAGAAAAGCCUUUUCCACCUGUGGUGCUCACACCACCGUGGUCUGCAUUUUCUACAUCGCUUCAGUCCUCUGCUACAUCCUCCCCAGCUCUGCGUGCUCUGGCUUGCGGGACCGGGUGCUCUCUGUGCUGUACGUGGUCCUCACCCCCAUGCUCAACCCCGUCAUCUACAGCAUGCGAAACAAGGAGGUGAAGAGGGCUUUGUUCAAGGCCCUCGGGAAAGAAAGUGCCUCCUGGGCACUGGUCACAUCAAAUCAACGAGGAGUGUCCCCGGCUCAGGAGUUUCUCACAUCCGAAUGUGCUCCCAGUGCUAGGUGCCUGUCAGUCUCCACCUGCUCCGCACCCCACCCUCGUCGCACACUGGAUGCCAUAGGGAUCCCUCCCUGUACAAUGUAUUACACGAAGGCACCAAUUUUGCUGUGGACCAGAGCCGGGCUGUGACGUUUGCAUUGGACAUGGCAAGGGGCACGGCCCUCGUACACACUCUAGAGCCCCUCAUCCCACGACACGCACUCAGCAGCCGUAGUGUAAUGAUUGAUGAGGACAUGACUGCCCGAAUCAGCACGGCCGACGUCAGGUUCUCCUUCCAAUGCCCUGGGCGCAGGUAUGCACCUGCCUGGGUGGCGCCUGAAGCUCUGCAGAAGAAGCCUGAAGAUACAAACAGACGCUGAGCAGACAUGGGGAGUUUUGCAGUGCUUCUGUGGGAACUGGCGACACGGGAGGUACCCUUUGCUGACCUCUCCAACACGGAGAUUGGAAUGAAGGUGGCACUGGAAGGCCUUCGGCCUACCGUCCCACCGGGCAUUUCCCCCCAUGUGUGUAAGCUCAUGAAGAUCUUCUCCAGGGUGGGGCUGGCACAUGCCAGUGCUUUGGGGGUGAAUCCAAUCACGCAGGAGUUUGAAAUUUCAUGCACGUGAUCCAUUUGGUGAAUCCUAUUUUGGGUGCCAGGUUUCCCCCCAUUUUCAGCAACGAUCAAAUAUUUCUGUUGCUCUCUUUUUUUUUCUUUCCUUAUUCUAAAACACUGUUUUCUAUUUAUGGAAGUAAAACAUGGUCAUUGC